AUGGAACAAUAUCUCGCAAAGCUCAUCAGCGAAAUGCAGGCCGAUCGCCAGCAAAUGCAAAUAGCGCUCGCUCAGCAGCAACAGCAGAUGCAGACCCAACAGCAACAAAGCGACAGACGCGUCGAACAACUCAUCGCGCAGCUCGCGCAGCGAGAGCAAACCACCGUAAUCACACCUGCUGCGACCACAGCCAAGAGCCUCGCCGAACAAAUGGUCGCAUUCACCUACGACCCAGACAACAAUCUAACAUUCGAAUCCUGGUACAAACGCUACCAAACAAUCUUCACAACAGAGGUAAGUGACUGGCCAACGGCUGCAAAAAUUCGAUUGCUGCUACAAAAAUUCGAGCUCCACACCGACCAUAAGCCUCUCCUCACGAUUUUCGGCUCUAAACAGGGCAUCCUGGCUUACACUACAAGCCGCCUCCAACGUUAUGCUCUGACUUUACUCGCCUACGAUUUCGACAUUAAAUACGUCAAUACCGGAAGCUUUGGAUACGCCGACGUCGUUUCUCGCCUCAUUGCCAAACAUCCACGAGAAAACAAAGAAACUGUCAUCGCAGCAAUUCAAGAGGGGGAGGAGGAAAAGCAAUGCUUUGCAAUCGAUGCCGCAAAACUACUCCCGGUCAAAUUCGCCGAUAUUCAGGAGGCCACACAGCGUUGCGCAACACUCAAGAAGGUCAUUGAAUUCACCAACACGUCAUGGCCACAGAAGCGCAACCAGAUCCAGGAUCCCGAUGUUGCUGCUUUCUUCGAUCAACGCGAAACAUUAACUGUUAGCCAGAAUUGUCUUUUACAGGGCGAUCGUGUCGUCGUUCCAUCUCAGUUCCAUAAGCAGAUCCUUGAGGAGCUCCACCUUGGUCACCCAGGCUGCACCCGUAUGAAGCUCCUUGCUCGCAGCAAAGUCUUCUGGCCCGAAAUCACUGCUGACGUCAAACGUACCGUCAAGACGUGUGAAGCUUGCGCAACAAAUGCUAGGUCGCCCAUCAAAUGCUCGUUACAAUCAUGGCCAAUUCCAACGAAGCCAUAG